CGCUCGCCUCCGAUCCAUCGCCCACAGCCUCAUACAUCAGCCCCUCAGUUCCUCUUCGAUAUGAGGCCGUCCUGUGGAGAGGUGAUCCCGGCUCAGCAGCAGCAGCAGCUGCCCCGCAACCGCCCGUGGCGUCUUCCUCGUCCUCCGCGCCCAUGGGGUGCCGGCGGCGGGGGACGGCAACUGGGCCUCUCGGCGGCCGGGCUUCUCGUCAUCAUGCUCUUCCUCACCGUCAACGCCGGCGGGGCGAUCUACCUAUCGCUGGGCGACACCGGCGCCGUCGUCUCGGCCGCCGUCGCCUACGCCAGCCUAAUCGCCCUCGUCGCCUGCGUCGCCAUGUACGCGCGAGCGCCGGCCGACCCCCACUACUCGCCGUGGAGGAGCAGGCUCAGGGCGUUCGUGUGGCUGCUCACCAUGUCGCUCACCUUCCACUACGUCUACGAGGCCACGGCGGCGGCGACGACGACCAAGCCGACGCUCAACAGGGCGAUGAUGCUGUGGGCGAUGCCCGCGGCCACCGGGGUCGCCGUGUUCUACGUCUUCUUCCAGGUGGACAGGUACCCCGCACCGCGGGAGGAAGAAAUAGAUUUUCCAUGAGAACUACUUCGCCGAAGAAAAUGAAGGAUUUCCUGUGGCGAUUGAUGAGGAGCCAAGACUGAGCAGCCAAUGGCAUGGCAUACGCAUGUCCUGUGAGAGAUAAUUGACUACAUUAUUAUUGGGGAAAUAAAUGUUUGCAUAUAUAGUACGUACACAGGAUCUAGAUCUCUGUCCUUAUUAUGAUGCCUUUUAAUUUUACACAUAGCUAGAGAUAUAUAGUCUGGUGGUAUACCAAAUUAGCAAGCAAUGUAUAGAUUGACGACGCAUAGAUAUGAUUAAUAGAUGUCGUGUGGCCCACUCCUUUUA